AUGAAGUGUUAUCCGAUAAAAAAACGUGAAGUUUAUUUAUAUUUAACACGAAAUUUUCGCUAUUGGGAGAAACGAAAUGUACCAUUCAUACCACCUUCAGUUUUCUUUGGGAAUUUUGCACCUAUAUUUACUUUACAAAAACAUAUCAGUGAAUAUUUACAAGAAAUUUAUGAUAAAUAUAACAAUCUACCAUUUAUUGGAUUAUUCUCAAUUACUACUCCCGUAUUAUUUGUACGUGAUUUAGAUUUGAUCAAAGCAAUUUUGAUCAAAGAUUUCCACGUCUUUCCAGGCAGAAAUUUCUGUGAAGAAACAAACUAUAUACGUGAACCAAUAUAUUUAUAUACAUUAUUUAGUUUAAAAGGUCCACCUUGGAAAGAAAUACGUCCCAAAUUAACAUCAUGUUUUACGAGAGGAAAAAUGAAAAAUAUGACACACUUUAUGCUGACGUGUGUUAAACAAUUAGAAAAUGUUAUUGAGCAACGUAUUCAAAUGGAGCCAAAAAAUCCAUUGAUAUUAAAACAAAUAAUGUCACAGUAUACAAGUGACGUAAUAUCGAAUUGUAUUUUUGGUAUAGAAGGCUCUGCAUUAACUAAUCCUGAAUCCGAUGGCUUCUAUAAAAUGGGAUCGGUAAUGUUUAAUCCGUCGUCUUUAAGAGCAUUGAAAGUUUACUUUGCAAUUCUUGGACCAACAAAUCGGUUUCUUAAAAUGUUACCAAUUAGACAAAAUAAAGAAGCUAUAUACAAAAUUUGUCGAAAUGCCGUAUGGAAAACAAUUCAUUAUCGAGAGGCAAAUAAUAUUUUUCAGGAUGAUUUUAUGGAUGCAUUGCGGCAAUUAAGAGAUAAAAAUGUAAUCGACGGAGAUAAUCUUGUGGCCCAAGCUUUUGUUUUUAUUCUCGCCGGAUAUGAAACCUCAUCGUCUUUGAUGUCUUUUGCAGUAUAUGAAUUGGCAAAAAAUUCAGAAAUUCAGGAGCGGGCAAGAAAAGAAGUUCGCGAAUGCCUUAAAAAAUAUAACAUGGAAAUGACCUAUGAAUGUAUUUCUGACAUGAUUUAUGUGGAACAAGUUUUAAAAGAAACAUUACGAAUGUAUCCACCGCUGUCAUUUUUGGAUCGUAUAUGUGUAAAAGAAUAUCAACUUCCCGGAACGGAAAUUAAAAUUGAUCCUGGUACAAAAAUAUUUAUAUCUGCUUCCAGCAUACAUAUGGAUCCAAAAUAUUAUCCAAAUCCAAAACAAUUUAAUCCUGAAAAUUUUUCUCAAGAAAAUAUCCAAAAACGUGACAAAUGUACAUUUUUAGCAUUCGGUGAAGGACCGAAGAAUUGUAUAGGUGAAAGAUUCGGUAUGUUACAAAGUAAAAUGGGAAUUGCUUCGCUGCUCAAUAAAUUCCAAGUUUCUGAAUGUGACGAAACCCCAAAAACAAUAUCAAGACGGUGAGAAUUAAUUAUCUUUUUUUUUUCGAUUUUUCGAUGAACUUUUUGCAAAAUUGACAAAGAACUCUGCAAUACUUAAUAUCCACCUUCCUUCCGUUCUUGCUCUACAUAUUUUGUUUAUGCGGUC